AUUAUUCUAAGGAUUAAAUUUGGUCUAAUCUGAUGAUUUUCCUUCCUCUGUCUACCUUAAUUUAAUGGUCUUAGUUUUCCAGGUACCAUAAUUCUUAACAAGCUAUCACUUGAACAUACCACCAGGAGAUAGAGGCACCGUGGGGGUUCUGCUGGAGGAGAAGGUGUGUGAAGGGAAGGUGUUUGGCCUCACCUGGCUGGCUCAAGACCACCUCCUCGUGUGUGGGGCCGUGGGGGUCAUGUCCACCUGGCGUGUCCAUCUCCAUACAGGUGAACUGCAGAAGGAGUGGAGUUAUAUCUUACCGGCCUGCAAGCAGCGGUGGGUGUCUGCGGCCUGCACCCACCCCAUAACACCAGCAGCUGCUACUCACAAACUUAUUUGUGGAGAUCGUGCAGGUAGCCUUCACCUGUACAUUCCUGAUAUACCCCAAGUCCAACACACCCUUCGCAGUAUCCACGGUAGAAAUGGGGUGACCAGCCUGACCACUCACGCAAGUUUUGUGUACAGCAGCGGCCGAGACGGGUGCGUGCGAUGCUUGACCGUGAAGGACGGCCUCCUCCAGGUCGUCACGGUGUCUAGGGUCAGCGGCGUAAAUUGGGUCGCCAAACUAUUGUUCAUAUACGGCAGACCUCUAGCUGUGUGCUUUCAUGACGUGAAAUUAAAAGUAUGGAGUGUGCAAGAGGACAGAAGUGUGGUGGAGGUAGACUGUGGGGGCGGCCACCGCUCCUGGGACCUGAGAGUUUCCGAGGGUGAAGACAAAGUAACUUGUUUGUUCCUGAAAGAUGGUAGACCUUAUACCUUCCACACUACACUGAAGGAUAAGUUGUUACCAGUGAUCAAGACUGCGGUGAACACCCACGAGACCACGUGUGUACAGGUCCUCUUCCUGAGUGGGAGAGAGACAGUGUUUGUAACAGGAGGGGAAGACACCACAGUGAGACUUCAUUCUGUCUGGGGCUCAGAGAUGCGUAAAGCUCUCAGUGUUAUCCGCAGCCACAUAUCCAGUGUCAGGGCCAUUUGUCUAAUAGAUGGACGAGGAAAAAAUAGUGUUAAUGGAGAUCCCUCUGCGGUGUGGAUGGUGUCUGCCGGAGGCCGUGCACAGCUGAAAGUGUGGAAGGUUACUCUUAGUAAAUAUACAAGGGAACAAGAUGUCCCGACUGGCAGUGACAUGAAAGCAGUCAUGGAUAAUAACGUGGGGAGACUGGAGGCCACGGACGUUGUGUGCCGAGAGGUCACGUCCCACAUGUUACGUACUGGUUCUAACAAAACUUGGAAGAGCCAAGAGCUAACCUUUGAUCCGGAGACACGCUACAUGGGUGCCGCUGCUUUUUGGGUCACUGAAACUCAAGCUAUAUUGGCACUGGCAUCAUCUGAUGGACUUUUAAGAAUAUUUCAGUUUGAUAGUGAAAGAGAAGUGGUGGAGCUGGUGUGUUGGGAGCAGUGGGAUCAGUGUGUCCUGGAGGUGACCACACUCAUGGUGCCACACACCUCCAUCCUGGUCUCAACAACUACCGCUGGCAGUGUCAUCUUCUCUGACAUACAGGCUGUAGUUUACUGGAUUCACGAGGGUGGUGGUUCAGAGGGCUCGGCCGCACCUCCACCGCUGCAGGUCAGCAGCGUCGCCGCGCACCAGUCGGGAGUCAACUGUAUAGCCUUCAACUACCACACUGAUGGUACAAUGUUACCCAAUAAGUACAGUGUUACUAUGGCAACAGGAGGUGAUGACAACAAACUGAGCAUCUGGGAAGUGUUAGUGGACAUCUCAGGAGCUCAGCAUGUAAACAUUUUAAUAACUAACAUAUGUAAUGUGUUAGGACAUUCUGCACAAAUUACAGGUCUUCACUGGCUCUCCCGGGACCUACUGGUGAGCGCCUCUAUAGACCAGCGUGUUGUGGUUUGGAAGCUUCAGCACACACACAAGAGCAGCAACGAACAUCAUGCAGGAAACACAACAGAACUGGAUAAGCCAAGUCUGUCCACACUACAACCAGUAUGUUCACGCUUCACAGGAGUACCAGAUGUUAAGGGUAUUGCUGUGGUCGAGAGAGACGUCACAGUUAGCCAUACGAGGAGGAGGAGGAUCAUCGUGUAUGGUAUGGGUCUCCAAGUGUUUGAGUUACACCUUGAUGAUGAUUAAUGACACACAGUAUUACAUGAUACAGGUAUACACAUUGAUGCAUACUUAAAGUUUACAGAGAUACAUGACGCAGCUACAGUAAAACCUCGAUAAAUCGAAUUUCAAUAUACUGUAUUGGAAUUCGCUUUUUUCUGACUCUGAGAUGCUCUGGUCACCACAAAAAAAAAAUUAAGAAAUGGGGAAGGUUAAAAAAAUUAUUCAAUCAACAACACUUGCUCAAUGAAUAGUGUACAGUGGUUUAAUUAGAUUAGCUAUAGGCCUACUGAGAACUAAGACACUGUAAGCAGGCUGGGGCUGAUCAGGUGUUAUCACAUUCAUCAGGUUUAUUUAUUUUUUGAUUCAGUAAUAUAUUCUCAUAUGAUUGGCCUCUUAUGGUUUCUCAUGAUUAAUAUAACAGCUUCAGUAAUAAAGAAAAAAUACAAUACUGUAUGUAAUUUGUAAUAUGACUAGAAAAUAAAAGGGUAAGCUGUAUUGGAAGGUCUUCACUCAGGAUGUGUUCGUGUGAGAGCUUUAGGCAAAUAAGCUUACAACAGGGGUUACUAUAACACACUUCCUUUGAGUGUUAUAUGAUGACUCAGUUUGUCUACUUGUUCACUGAGAUAAAUGAUUAAUGAAUAAACCAGGGUAUAUGCAGAUGCAUAGUACUUUACAAAACAAUAUUACUUAUUAAGUGAUGAUAAAUACACAACUUUACUGUACUAAUUUACUAAGUGUUAAAGACAGAUAUUGUGGUAAGCCAAUCAGAUGUUUGGGCCAAACAGUUUGGCCUCUGUACCUAUAGUUUUUUUUUUUUUUAUCCUCUUCGCCACUGAUUGGCUCGUUGGCCACUUGAGCAAUCGGUCACUUCUCUGUCUGCACUGUUGGCAGGUACAGUACUGGGCAUGGACCGGCUCCUGAAUCAAGCUACUAAAACACAUAGAUGGACCUCCCCCUCAAGCUGGCACUCAAACAAAGUUACUACAGGAUACAAUAUUACUAUAUUUAUGAUGGUUCACAUAGAGUAUUGAAGUUGAUGAACUAAAGAGAAAAACAUUAUUUUAUAGCUACAAGAGUUCUAGGUGUGGUGAUGAUGGCUGUUGGUAAGGCAGCCAUGGACUCCUGCAGGUUUACAAUAUUGAAGUAUUAGUCUCCUGUUUGUGUCUUUGAAGCAACACACACACACACACACACACACACACAGACACACACACACACACUAAGCUGCAAAAUACUAUGAAAACUGUGCCUUAAAUAUUAUGUCACUCAAUUCAUAUCAAAUAAUAUUUAUAGCUAAUUAUUUUUGUAAUUAAAAUUCUGUAAUGAAGGUGAUGUGAUGAUGAUAAAUAAUAAUAAUAAAAAAUACACUUA